AUGACUAUCCUUUCUGAGGGAGAUAUGGAGCUAAGGCCUGAUGAAGAGGCUCCAGCGCAGGAGAAACGCAGCGAUGUACGGCGCCUCGAGCUCAACCACGGCGAGCACCAAGACUCCACGUUAUAUCGGUUCGAUAAAGGAUGUAACAUCCGUUUUUCACCUGGACCCAGUCUGAUGGGACGCAAAGUGUAUCUAUACACAAAUUAUAUUGUUAUCGAUAAAGCAUUGCCAGCAGAGAAAACUGACCUGAUAGAAUUCGACCGCAACCAGUAUUAUUUACUGGAAUGGUGUCGUACUACAGUUGAGUCGAAUUCAGGCGAAGCGAGUCUGACUGAAAACCUGGGUACUGGGUUACUCGUGACCGAUACGGAUGCAUUUUGCGAGUUGCGUUUGGAGCGGGCUGGCUCUUUUCAUUACUAUUUCGUUUAUGAUAGUCCGGAAUCCCGUGUAGGUCCCCAGGGCUCAGGAUGGUUCGCCGUAAACCCCACUCUGUCUGCUGGAGGUUGCGAGCUGCCUUUGGAUGGCUUGAUGUGUCAGACUGUCCUCACCAAAUGCUUGGGUCCAUUGGCCCGUUGGGAACGUACUUUGCGAGUUGCACACGAGUCUGGUUACAAUAUGAUACAUUUUACUCCAGUUCAGGAGUUGGGGGCGUCUCGGUCGAGCUACAGCAUUGCAGACCAAAUGAAACUGAAUCCACGUUUCAAUGACCCCUCCACUGGUCGAACGGCGACUUUCGCUGACCUCGAAAAGCUGAUUUCAAAGAUGCACAACGAUUGGAAGAUGCUGGGCAUAUGCGACGUGGUACUAAACCACACGGCGAACGAAACCCCCUGGCUCGCAGACCAUCCUGAGGCAACUUACAAUUGUGCAGAAUGUCCCCAUUUGCGUCCCGCUGCCCUAUUAGAUGCGGCACUAGCCAGGUUUUCAGCCCGCGUGGGCACUGGUCUGCUCGCUCCAGCUAUACCAGCAGAGGUGUGCACCCACGAGCAAGUUCAGGCGGUGCGCCAAGCCUUUGAACCAGAAGUGGCCGGGUUACGACUUCACGAGAUGUAUUCGUGCGAUGUGGAGCAGUUGCAUCGUCGCUUCUUGCAAGUGGCUGCCAGCAGGGUUCCAGGUGCGAGUAGUGCUCCCAGCGCUUCCGAGCUUCGUCUUGAGUUAGACCCACUCCGUCGUCGUCUCGCAGCCACUGUCGACAUGGAGUUGGCUCAGCAGAUCUACAAUGUUUACAGGUCCGAUUGUCAAGAGGAAGAAGAACGUGUCGUUCGCUGUGGAGCGGCUUUCAAAGCACGAUUGGAGGAGUUGAAUUCUGCUGCUCUAACUGCUAUGCAAGAUCAUCUCCGUAAUGCCCUUGAUAACUGCCUCGCGGGCAUGCAAUACGAACGUUUACAAAGCGACGGGCCGCGUGUACGCGAAGUCAGCGUCCGUCACCCCCUCGUUCCUUGCUACUUCACUUUGCCGGAAAAGCUCGAUGAUAUCGCAGAAGUCGAGGCUUACAUUUACGGCGAUAUGGGUAGGCUGGUUAUGGCUCACAACGGGUGGGUAAUGGGUGCCGACCCAUUGCAAGAUUUCGCUGCAAAGUCCCAAGACGCCCGGGUCUACCUCCGGCGCGAGCUAGUGGCGUGGGGGGACAGCGUCAAGCUGCGGUUCGGUGCACGACCAGCGGACAGCCCAUGGCUAUGGGCGCACAUGCGCGACUACGUGCAGCUCACGGCUACUCUGUUUGAUGGUCUUCGUCUCGACAAUUGUCACUCUACACCACUCCAUGUUGCUGAGUACAUGGUGGACUGCGCACGCGCAGUGAAGCCCGAGCUAUAUGUAGUAGCAGAACUAUUUACCAAUUCAGCUCAAGUCGACAAUAUCUUCGUCAAUCGGCUCGGAAUAACCUCCUUGGUCCGUGAAGCGUUAAGCGCGUGGGACGCCCAUGAGCAAGGCAGACUAGUUUAUCGUUAUGGCGGCAGACCGGUGGGCGCUUUCCUUAACCCACCCCGCUACGCCAUUGUCCCAGCCGUGCCUUCCGUUGCGCAUGCGAUGCUGCUUGAUCAGACUCAUGACAAUCCAUCACCUGUCAGCAAGAGGUCACUCUUCGACUUGCUGCCGUCUGCAGCCCUAGUCGCGUUCGCCGCUUGUGCCACAGGCUCCACACGUGGUUAUGAUGACCUGGUACCACACCACAUACACGUGGUGGAUGAAGAACGCCUCUACCCGGCCUGGGCUGAUGGAGAUGAACCCCCAGAAGCGUCUGUCAAGGUAGAAGAUGGGUUACUGGCUGCGCGAUUGGCUCUUAACCAGUUGCACAGGCAGAUGGCAACCGAUGGAUACACUGAAGUUUUUGUUGAUCAGAUGGAUGAAGAUGUAGUUGCAGUUACCAGGCACCACCCAGUUUCGCGUAAGUCUGUGAUCCUGGUAGCGUACACUGCGUUCCGUUCACCGAAUCCCUCCGCUGGACCGCGUCAGUUGCGCCCCCUACGUUUCGAGGGACAGCUGAGUGAGAUCGCCCUCGAAGCCCGUUUACGUCACAAGAAACACGCUGAUAGCGGGCGGCCAUACGAGCCACCUGGAGAACAUAUUCGCCACCCGGAAUACAUCAACGGAUUAAAGGAGUACGCAGUGGAGGUGGCUCGCGACGUGCCCGUGGCGCAGUCUCGGGUGUUCGCAGUCGAGAGACGCGAGGGUGCGCACACGGUGCUGGAGUGGCGCGCUUUAGAGCCUGGGAGCAUUGCCGUGGUGCGCGUAGCCCCGGCCGGACCCCACGCGGCAGCCUUGGCGACGUUAUCGCGGGUUCUACGAACUUGCCCCACCGCUGACCCGCUCCGGUUAGCACCGGCUCUAACCGAUCUUCACCCGGUCGACUUUAACACUCUGCUUUUCUGCUGCGACGCUGAAGAACGCGAACGCACCUCCGGGGGCACGUACGAGGUGCCCGGACACGGGGCGCUGGUGUACGCAGGUCUACAGGGUAUCGUGUCGUCCUUAGAACCCAUCGUGCGCUCUGAUUCGCUAGGCCAUGCGAUCUGCGAUAACUUGAGGGCCGGCGAUUGGUUGUUGGAGUACCAGUGGCGGAGGUUGGAGAGUAGUGCGCGGUUGGCAUUGGUGGCGGAGCGAUAUCGUGAAGCGUUACGUCCGGUGACUCAGCUGCCGCGCUUUUUGAUACCAGCUUACUUCGCCGCAGUUGUCAACGUGUUGUACACAACAGUACAAACGGCGGCACUGGCUAAACUGCGUGUUCCUCUGACGGGUUCGUUUGCCCGCAAUCUGGCGCUUACGAGUCUUCAGUUGACAGCGCAGUUAAAAUCUGCGCCGCUCCCUGCGCUGUCGCCGCGCCUGGUCCUAGGUGAGGCGAGUGAGAUCGGGUCGAUGUCAGCUGGACUGCCCCACUUCACCGUGGGGUACAUGCGGUGCUGGGGCCGCGACACCUUUAUAGCUUUACGAGGCCUCUACCUACUUACCGGACGCCAUACCGCAGCGCGUUCUCACAUUCUUGGCUUCGCCGCGUGUCUACGUCACGGACUUAUACCGAAUCUGCUCGACGGCGGUCGCAACGCCCGCUACAACUGCAGAGAUGCUGUUUGGUGGUGGCUCUACAGCAUUCAGCAGUACUGCGAUGCGCAGCAGUGUACUACGUUGCUCGCCGAUCCUGUCGCGCGCCUCUUCCCCGCCGAGGGGGCGCCAUCGGAGCAACCGCUGCACGACGUAAUGCAGGAGGCACUGGACACCCACUUCCAAGGACUUGUCUUCCGAGAACGCAACGCCGGCCGUCAAAUCGAUGCGCACAUGUCGGACCGCGGCUUCAACGUCCAGAUUGGAGUCGACCCGGAAACGGGAUUCCCGUUCGGUGGAAACGAGGCUAACUGCGGAACUUGGAUGGACAAAAUGGGCUCCUCUGAGGCGGCGGGAACGCGCGGCCGCCCCGCCACUCCUCGGGACGGUAGCGCCAUAGAGCUAGUUGCGCUCUCCUACAGCACUGUCACCUGGCUAGCUGCGCAGCACCGCGCCGGCCGGUACCCGUACCCAGGCGUGGCGCGGCGCCAUCGUGACGGCACGCUCACCGCCUGGACUUUCGCGCAGUGGGCUGAGCGCAUUCGUCGGUCGUUCGAGCGCCACUUCUGGAUCCCUCCUGUACCCUCGGCGGCGGAUGCGCGGCCGGACCUCGUCCACCGGCGAGCUAUUUACAAGGACUCUCACGGUGCUUCGCAGCCCUGGGCAGACUACCAACUGCGCUGUAACUUCCCGGUGGCGAUGGCGGUAGCGCCGGAUCUCUUCGAUCCCAAACACGCCUGGAUGGCGCUCGACAAUGUGGAGCGGCUCCUUCUCGGCCCGUUGGGCGUCAAGACUCUCGAUCCGGCGGAUUGGGCCUAUCGCGGCGACUACGACAACUCCAACGACAGCACCGACCCGAGCGUGGCGCAUGGUUUCAACUACCAUCAGGGGCCGGAGUGGCUCUGGCCUCUCGGGUUCUACUUGCGCGCUCGGUUAGCCUUCGCGCACCACAACGGUGCACACGCGCGCACCCUCGCCGCGGUGUAUUCUACGUUGGGACCGCACGUGGCCGAGAUCCGCGACUCGCCGUGGCGCGGUCUGCCUGAACUAACCAACGCGGGAGGCGCCUUUUGCCGCGAUUCGUGCCGCACGCAGGCUUGGAGUUCGGCUUGUGUGUUGGAAGCGCUGUAUGAGCCCUAUGAAUGUGUGCCCCCACGUCGCCGUGCGUCUUUGCGUCGAUUAGUGGCCCGUAGAAGGCGGGCACCCCCGCGAUCUAUCCAAGGGGUGCUCUCCACGGUAGUGUACAGCGACCGAUACUUCAGAUACGGCCUGCCGCUGCGGAUCCGUCCUGGGGCAAAGGAGCAUCACGUGCCUCUAGUAGAGGACCGAAGAUGGCCUCCGCGUAUUUCAGCCGUUCUGUUAAACUUAACGUCUCGGGAACCGGUCCCGCCGCGGGCCUUAUAUCUGCCCUUGCGCAGGCGACGACGCGACCUGCCACCGGUGUUCGGGUUGCCGCACGACUAUGAUGCUCAGCUUCUCGGGGCGUACCGGAGCAGAUGUCUCGAAGUAAACUAUAGGCAGGCAUCGGGGUUCAUGAGUGUUGCGGUGGGCCGUCCGACGCGACGUCCGCGUCUUCGCCCGCCCUUGUCCGAUUUCACGAUAGAGAAAACACCGCCGCGUCCGGAAUUCGCUUUAGCUGAGAGUGAGUCUCUGGCGUCAAGUCGUAGCAGUGUCGCCUACUCGCCAAUCGACUUAGAGGAGGGCGAAGGCACCCUGUACGAGGCGAGUACGGUGGCCUACGAGGCGGUGGAGGCGGGGGACGCGAGCGUAGCAGACGCGGCUGACUUCUAUUUGGAAGGGGGGGAUGACAUACAGCGGACUGCGGUGCGCGUAAUAGCAGCGCUUAGCGGGGCGGUGUAUGCGACGGCGCUGCUCGCUUUCUACUUCCUAAGCCUCACCUGA